AUGGGACAGGACAUGAAAGCCUUCAAGACAUCUGAUGGCUACCUAACAGUGGGGGCAGGCAAUAAUAUCCAUUUUGAAGUUCUUUGCAAAAGAAUUGGGAUGGAAGAACUUUCACAAAAUCCUAAAUAUUCCAGCAAUAAAAGUCGAGUAAAGCACAGGCAGGAGUUGAUAGAGGCGCUGUCACAAAGGUUCUCCCAGAAGUCCACUUCAGAGUGGCUGGAGGUUUUUGAAGGGUGUGGCAUGCCCUAUGGCCCCAUUAACAACAUGGAAGGCGUGUUUAACGACCCCCAUGUCUUACAGACUGGUAUUGUCCAAAAGAUGGCGCACCCAACAGCAGGAGAUAUCCGAGUGGUCGGUCCAGCAGUAAGGUACUCGGACUUUGACCUGGUCCUCCAGUGCCCCCCUCCAACCCUGGGGCAACACACGGAGGAGGUGCUGCAGGAACUGCUGGGGUUUUCAUCUAGUCAAAUACAAGGAUUGGCUGAGAAGGGUGUGGUCGGUCUAUAAGAGGGCGGGGCAUGAUGAUGAAGUUUUCAUCCAAUGAAAUACAAGGAUUGGCUGAGAAUGACAUGGUUGGUCUAAAAGAGGGCGUGGCAUGAAGAUGACCAUCUUUUCUAAUUUCUAUGUACUUUACGUAUUUUACUUACGGUGCAUUUGAGUAAUGAAUAGGUAUGCAAAGUACAGAGCCGGGUUCGAUAUAACUGCCGGAACAGAUUAAAGUAAGAAUAAGAAAUUUUGAUUCUGGGCGGUUUGAAAGAUCAAUUUUGAUUAUACGGUAAUUGUAACCACAUAGAAAACCGUGAUUCUGGCUUGCUUGGACAACUCGGCGUAUUGAUGAACUCGAGAUCGUUAUGCAUGGGGACACGGUAAUGUGAUAGAUGGCUAGAGGCUUGGUGGAAGUAUCAUACCUGAGACAAAAACUAUUACUAAACUAAUGAUUGACUGCAAGGGGCGUGCUGCUAUUUAGAGGGUUGUGUGGCUUAAAGGUUUGUGCUAGUAUCGCUUUUGAGUAUAAAUCUGACACUAGUUUUGAAUUAAUUUUGAAACUGUGUAAGUCUGAAUUCAAGCAUAAGUUAUCUAGUAAUUAUAGUAGGUAAUAAAUGGGAAUAUACAAAUAUGAAUGUACGAAUUUGACUGUGAUAUUUUAAGAGGGAUAUUUUAA